AAUGCAGUGUUUAAUGUGGAUAAUGGAAAAGAUAUAUUUGAAAUAAAUGAAGCGGCAGGACUUGACCUGGUGGAAGGAGACAUUCUGAUAAAGGAGGGAGAAGACAGAAACACUGUUCUGGAUGAAAAGUAUCGCUGGCCAAAAACUGUGCCAUAUGUCCUAGACAGCAGCCUCGAAAUCAAUGCUAAAGGUGUGAUACUGAGAGCACUUGAGCAAUACAGACUCAAGACCUGUAUUGACUUUAAACCCUGGAAUGGAGAGCCAAACUACAUUUUCGUAUUUAAAGGCAAAGGAUGUUACUCAAAUGUGGGGAAUCGACGGAUGGGGAAACAAGAGUUGUCAAUUGGUGCAGGCUGUGACAGUUUAGGAACUGUGGAACAUGAGUUUCUGCAUGCGCUGGGUUUCUGGCAUGAACAAUCCAGAUCUGACAGAGACGACUAUGUCACCAUCAUGUGGGACCAGAUUGAAGAGGGUCAUAAACACAACUUUAAUUUACAUAAUGAAACAGAGUCAAGUUCUCUCGGUGUGCCCUAUGAUUAUAGUUCAGUCAUGCACUACAGUAAGAUAUCCUUCAGCAAAGGCAGUGAACCGACCAUUGUUACUAAAAUACCAGAAUUCUUGGAUGUGAUUGGUCAACGCAUGGAGUUUAGUGACAGUGACCUGCUCAAGUUGAACCGGCUAUACAAUUGUACUACAGCCUCAACUUUUCUGGACUCUUGCAAUUUUGAGGAGCCGAAUAUCUGUGGUAUGAUCCAGGGUGAUGGUGGAAAUGCCAAGUGGGCUCGUGUACAAAUGGUAGAGGGCGGUCCACAGACGGACUACACCAACCUGGGUCAAUGUAAAGGGGUUGGGUUCUUCAUGCAUUUUAGCACAGCCACAGGAACCAAGGGUAAAAAUGCUUUCCUGGAAAGUCGCCUCUUUCAUCCCAAAAGACGCUCCCAAUGCCUGCAGUUCUAUCACUACAACAGCGGAAGCGUUGAUGACCAGCUAAAUAUCUGGGUGCGUGAAUACACAGUUAAAAACCCCAAAGGAGCCCUGAGACUCAUUCAGAAGAUCAGAGGUGAACGUGGAGGCUCCUGGGAACUAUACCAUGUUACGCUAAAUGUCUCUGAUAAAUUCAGAGUAGUGUUUGAAGGAGUGAAAGGAAAAGACACAUCAAAGGGUGGUCUGUCUCUGGAUGACAUCAACCUCUCAGAGACCAAGUGUCCUCAAUUCAUUUGGCGCAUUCGUGAUUUUAAAAGGCUUCUUUCUAAAACCCCUGCUGGUUCCGAAACCUACAGCCCCCGUUUCCUGUCCCCAGAUGGUUACUCAUUUCAGAUUGGUUUGUACAUUAAUGGCUUGAAGGAUAGUCCAAAUAAAACAGCAAUCUACUUCCACUUGACCUCUGGACUCUAUGAUGACAAACUUCAAUGGCCAUGUCCGUGGCGUCAGGCAUCUAUGGAGCUGAUGGACCAGAAUCCAGACAUCCAACAUCGCAUGAACAACAUUAGGAUGAUAACGACAGAUCCAAACAAGACCUUAACUGAUUGUAAGAUACAAAGCUAUAGAUAUUAG